AUGAUAUGAUACCUCAUUUUCUUACCACCCAAUUCUCCAAAACUUUCAACAUAAAUGUGAAAAAUAUCUCUUUUCAACUCGACUCGACUCGACUCUUCUAACACAAAUCUUUCCAAAGCAUCGGAGUAUCCCGCGAUUGAUCGGUUAGGGCUAUAAUUAUUACUAUGUUUUCGAUACCUACAAGUUCGUAUGAAGUGGGAAUAGGAGGAAUUUUUCCGGAUUCUUUGCAUUAUUACCAAGUAGAAAUGGGAAACGGUUCGGAGAUGGUGAUGAGCCCGGUGGAAGCAAAAGCGAUGGCGGCGAGCAAUAACCACAAGGAAGCCGAAAGGCGAAGAAGAAAGCGGAUCAACGGUCACAUUGCCACCCUCAAAUCCAUUUUACCAAACACUAUCAAGACAGACAAGGCUUCCCUACUGGGAGAGACUGUCCGGCGAGUGAAGGAGCUGAGAAAAACAACCGCACAACUCCAACACGGCGCCGCCGCCGAUGCAACUACUACUACAGCUUCCUCGGCGUCACUACUCCGGCUGAUGUUCCCGAGCGAAACUGACGAACUCAUCCUCUGCCAGUGCGAGGAGGAUUCCCAGGUUGUCCAGGCCACGCUGUCCUGCGAGGAUCGGCCGGAGACCAUACUGGACCUGACUCAGGCGGUCAAAUCGGCCGACGGAAAAGUGGUUAGAGCAGAAAUGUCUACAGUUGGAGGAAGAACCAAGAUGGUUCUGUGGGUGAAGCUCAUGGGGGAAGCUGCCGCUGCCGAUUCGGGGAUACUAAGGCGGGCUUUGAGGAAGGCCAUGGACAAGCAGCAGACGGGCUCGGGCUUGGGCCCGGGCCCGGGCUUGCUGGGGAGCAAGCGGGGGCGUUACCAUCAUGGGAAGGGACAGGAAGAUGGUUGGUGGUGAUUAUGUCGGGAAAGACAAGCACGCCAUUCAUAUAUAUAUUAUAUAUGCGCUUUCAGAAUUUUAUUUUUCUUUUAUAUAAAAUAUACUCCCUUCUUCGUGCAACUGUGUGUUUAGG